UCAUCCGCCAGAGGGUGCAGUGUAACUUGUGUGUUUCAUUUACAGCUGCUCACAGUCAAACGCACAGACAGCGAGCAUUGCAAGGUCGCCAUUCAGUAUGGCAUAUAGGGAACAAAUGCACAAACAGACGGCCUCCGGUUUAGAUUAAAGGUAGGCUGGCAGGAUGGGGGAAGGACCUGCAGCCAGACCUUCGGCUGCUAUUACGCCUGUGCAGCAGAUGCUGGCAUCUGGCACUGGGGCAUUACUAACAUCUCUUUUCGUCACACCGUUGGAUGUGGUGAAGAUCAGACUUCAAUCCCAGCAAGCUCCCCUCCAUCAAGCCCUAGCAGGAGAUUCAAGGCCCUGGACUGGGGUCAUUCGGCCGUCUAAAUGGAAAUGUUUUCUCUAUUGUAACGGGCUGAUGGAUCACAUCUAUGUAUGUCGGAAUGUUUCGGCCUGCUCUAGUUGGUACAAAACCCCCACCCACUUCAGUGGGACUUUGGAUGCAUUUGUGAAGAUCACACGCCAUGAAGGUCUCAGGUCUCUGUGGAGCGGACUUCCCCCCACACUUGUGAUGGCGGUUCCUGCCACAAUCAUUUACUUCACCUGUUACGACCAACUGAGAGACUUCCUGCGUUAUGGCAUGGGCUAUCAGGGUGACCAUAUCCCUUUAAUAGCAGGAGGGCUAGCCAGAUUGGGAGCAGUGUCUGUGAUCAGUCCUCUGGAGUUAGUCCGGACUAAGAUGCAGUCUCGCAGGCUUCCCUACAGUGAGCUGGUGGUGUGUAUCCGCUCAGCUGUAGCUCAGGAUGGCUGUCUGUCUCUCUGGAGAGGUUGGGGACCAACUGUUUUGCGGGACGUGCCCUUUUCCGCAUUAUAUUGGUUUAACUAUGAGCUGGUGAAGGCACAGCUGUGUGAGAAAUACAGGGCACCACAGACCUCUUUCGCCAUCAGUUUUACAGCAGGGGCCAUAUCGGGAACGAUCGCUGCAAUUCUGACCUUGCCAUUUGACGUUGUAAAAACACGCCGGCAAAUCCAGCUCGGAGAACUGGAGGCUCGCGAAGGAGUCUCUGUGAAGAAACCAUCCUCUACAUGGAACAUAAUGAAGAAUAUCUGGACAGACAUGGGAUACAGGGGAUUGUUUGCAGGAUUCCUUCCAAGAGUGAUUAAAGUAGCUCCUGCCUGUGCAGUCAUGAUCAGCACUUAUGAGUUCGGGAAGACUUUCUUUCAGAAGCGCAAUUUGGAUCAGGCAAGGUGUGGAGUCUGAGGUGGCCAAGAGGACCUGCAGUUUUCAUUCUUCACUAUUAAACACUAAACUCAGGACCAAACUAGGAAAGCAGGAGCUAUACACUGAAAACGCUUCUGUUCUCCUGAGCAAAAGAGAGAGACUUCUCCUUUUCAACAUGACUUUUGCAAACACUGAUGACUUUAUUCCAGCGUUGUUGGCUGAUGUGCCUACACAUUGGCAUAAGGAAUCAUACGCUAGAAAAUUUUAAGUGAUACCUUGCAUCUGAGUCCUAAGAUGCAAUGAAUAAUGCACAAUGUUUCCCUGUGAUGCCUUAAAUGGGAAUGAAACCAAAGCAUGCUGGCAGGAAGACUACCUUCUGAUAAUUCCCACUAAUGGCUACCAGUUGGUUUUGACAUCCAGCUUGUAUCUGCAGUGCAUGACUUGAAGUCUCUCUUAUUAAAGACACUGUGAUGCCCUCUGCUGUUUAUGUUUAAGAAACGUCAGACAGAAUGGAUGAAACACUGAUUACAGAGCUUUAGGCUCUUCAUGUACAGCAGGACUUGCUCUUUGGUCUAAUAAAAGCAAGUCUGAUUUUACUAAAUCACAAAACUUUGCAUGGGCACUGUAUGCAAAAAAAAAACCUUGAGAAUGUAAUGCAUCUUUUCAGGACAGGCAAGUUCUCGCUCAUCUAACAAUGUAAACAUACCGUUGAUCUGACAUGAUACACAUUUUGACUAAUAAAAUAAAUUUUUAUUAUAAAACCUCAGUUUAAGCUUAAACAAGGUGGUAUACAUCACUUAUGUAUUCAGUUACUAUACCUAAAGCGUACUACGUAAUUCAGUCAUAGGAUUUCAUUUCAGAGUAAAUGUGACAGUGUACAUGAAAGAAAAAUGGACAUGCCCGAAACAGCACUUCAAGUAAAUCAAUAGGAUCUUUGAUUUUAGGGGUGCAGCAAUGCCAGUUUAGUUUGAAAACUUUAUAAACUUAAGUUUAUUUGUUUUAUAUGUCAUGGAAUUGGUGUGAGAAUUUGUUUUAUAGAUUCUUUGUUAUUUUGUUAAAACACACUUGAAUGUAAAGAAUAAACAUUUUAAAGACAUCA